AUGUCGCGCCUGUUUUUCUAUAAUCAGAUCAAAGAAGUGAUUAACCGUUUGCCUCCUCAUUAUAAGAAAAGGUAUUUACAGAAUCAGCAUGAGUUGGCCAAUGAAAGAGUGUGCAAUUCAUCACUACGUAAACACGAAACAGGAAUUGCGCUUCCUAGUUCGUAUUUUGAUACUCCUAUGAAAAUUGUCUAUCCUCCUGAGUCUCAAAAAUGCCUAUGGGGUGGUGAGGGUAUUAUUCAGGGCUACUGGGAGAAAAAAACACCGAGGCCAAGAUUUCCCAAGACAUGGAGUCCUGUUCUCAUGGAAAACUUAUUUCAUAGUGAGAUUCUAGACCGUUGGAUGAUUAUAAUAGUAACAGAUAGCGCCCUAAGGCAAAUCGAAAAGGCUAGUGGAUUUGAUUUCUAUAUACUCUCGACUCCAGAAUCAAAACUUAGAAGUAGGCUUGGAAUGCAUUUAAAAAGAGAUAUGUUGGUAACGCUCGCAAAGGCGAAGAUGAAUGGUAAGAUGAAAAAAAGCUGGGAAAAGUAUUCUAAAUUUAUUAUACCUUUGGAAGAAGCUGAGUGGAUUGGUUUAACACUCGAAGAAGCUGUUAAAAAACAAAUGAAAAUGGAACAUGAAAUAUCCAGAAGUCAGCUAAAGCCACUAAAAUUCAGUCUAGCAGAAAAAUUGAUUGAUAGUUUAAGAAACCCUGUCAAAGAUGAGAAAGAUAAGGAUGAAGAAAAUCCGUCCAGCUACUCGUCUCGGAUUUUCAGUUGA